AUGGCCAGGACCAAAUCUGCUUGGGGGAGAGGAAAGAGGCGGAACCUCCAUGCGCGGGUUUCGCUUCCCACCCGGAGAGCUGUCCGGAAGCACCACUGGCGGAGCGAAGCUGCGGCGCACCGCGCGGUGACCGGGCGCGCGGCCGGCAUGGAGGGGAGCGGGGCCGUGGCCGCGCAAGGCAGCGGCGGCGUUGCGGGCGGCGUCCACCCAGACCUAGGGGCUCUGGAUGGACAGAACAACUGGAUGACCAGCCACCCGCAGUUUUUGGAGAUGCUGGAGUUAGAUGUGGCAGACACGUCUCAAGUUUAUACAGCAUUCUUAGUUUACCUGGACCUUCUGGAAGGUAGAAACUGGCACGAGGUAAAGAGUGUGGGAUUACCAGAACUCCAGCUCCUCUGCCUCCAUGGUCGUGAGAAGGAAGGAGAAAGAUUACAGAUUGUGGUGCCAACAUCUGUUCAUGCAUCGUUCAGUCAUGAGAGAAUAAGAGAGAUCAUGACGCAUGCCUGCAAAUUGCAGGUUGAACCGGAUUCCCCAAUGUCGAUCACCCUGGCCGUGGUAGAGUCUGAUUCCACAAUCGUCUAUUAUAAACUGACCGAUGGAUUCGUAAUGCCAGAUCCUCCUGAGGCAGUCGAGGAGACCGAUGGUAAACAGUGGAGAAAGAGAAAGAAGCUGAAGAGAUGACUUGAAGUGUGAACUAAAGAACUGAACUGAUGGUAGUUCACGGGAUCACUGAUGUCAGGCCAGUGGGAGGAUAAGUGAGGGUACAGGGGCUCAGUUUACGUACUAAAGAAGACAAGGUUAACAAGCAGCAUAACAGCUGUGCAAAUGUACCCUUUGAUCCAGCUCUUUGCUGCCAGGCUGAGACCUCAAAGGGACAGACCCACGCGGAAAAGGGCCCAUGUGUACAAAAGCAUUUAUGGUAGCUUUUUUCUUAAAAGCCCCAAAAUGGGAAUGAAGGGGGUACCCACCUAUUGGAAUGGCUGAACAAAUUGUGGCAUGUGAAUCUAACAGAAUAUUAUUGUGCCAUAAGAAAUGAUGGAAUGGAUAGUUUCCAAAUGAAGUGGGAAGAACUCUGUGAUCCGAUUCAGAGUGAAGUGACCUGGAGGAGAAAGAAUGCAUCAGACAUAGCAGAGGUGGAAGAACAGGGCAGACUUAGUGCUGCUAUACUCCUGUAGGUCUGGAACUGUGGUUAGCUGGGCUUUUGUUCCAGGACUGUGUGUCAAGACCUUAGAGAAGCUGUUGCUUCUCCUGGAGGUGAGUUAGCAUUUGGUCUGUGUCAUGGGCACAUGGCAGGCCUGAGUUCAGCUAGCUUCUUAGCCUCUCUGAGCAGCCAAGUUCCAGAUACCCUCUCCAGUACCUGCAACACCACCACAGUUACCUCACCUCCACCUGCCUUGGAAAGAGGGGACCUACAUAGCCUCCCUGAGCAAUCAUUCCAUCAACUUCCAGGCACCCUCUGUGGCCACCUACAACUCUAAAGCAGUUGCCUUGAUGCUUCUGUUUUCCCCUUCACAGUGUCCCCCCCCCCCAAACUACACACAGCUGUCUGAUGCUGUGAGAUAGCUGUAUGCCAAGGCUGAACCCCUAAGGACAAUGAUAACCUACCUGAACUCAUUUCUCAAUGAAGAAUAUGUUUUCACCCUGUCAUAUCCUCCCCAUCUCAGUGACUCUGAAUCCCUGGCUGCCAUUGUUCAAACUCUUAUUCUCUGUCCCUCACUGACUACUUCCUUAUUCCCAUCUUCCUCAACCCAGCCUCCUCCCUCCCCCAGUGCCUCAUUUUAAAGCCACCCACUUCUUCCAGUGUGAUCUCUGGGUUAAAAAAGCUAGCUUUCUUCUUAAACUUUUUUAUUUCUCACUCCUCUAUAUCUUGCACUCAUUGAGAUCUGGCUCUGGACUGAUAACACCAUGUCCACGGCCACUCAUUUCUGCACUGGUUGUACUUUCAUUUGUUCCCCAUCCUGUCUCUUCAUCCCCAACUCACUGGUCUUGGUGGGGAAGUCAGAAUACUCCUUGUUCUCCAUUACCACUUCCUGGCUCUUGCUCUACCACCAUCACCCACCUCUUUUGAGGUUCAUUCAAUCCAUAUUAAUCAUUCAAUCAAGAUUCUGGUGGCUGUUGCCUACCUACCUCCAGGACACUGUCUUUCUCAAAGGAUUUAGAGGCUGACUCAUGGUCUUUCUCUUCAUCUCUCCAACUCCUGCUCUCAUACUAAGGGACUUCAUUGUACAUAUUCAUACUUCUCCAAACACCUUAACCUCAACUUACUCCUCCAUCCCACCUUAGCUACACCUAGAAAUGGUCUUGAUCUUCCCAUCACCUGCAGGUGUUACACUUCCGUGUUCAUACUCACCAGCUGAAAUUCUCUCCCUCCUUAUCUCUACUUCUUGGCUUUCCUUGCUUCUUUCAAGUCCCAACUAAAAUCCCACUUUCCAUAAGAAGCCUUUCCCAGGCCUUCUUAAUCUUAGUGCCUUCUGCAGAGAGUGAUUCCAGUUUGUCCUGUAUGUGUCUUGUUUGUACAAAGUUGUUUGCAUAUUAUCUCCUCGUAGGGAUCUUGUAGAAAUUCUUGUAGGGAUUUCUUUGUGUCCCUAGCACUUAGUACAGUACCUGGUACAUAGUAGGCACUUAAAAUGCUUGUUGACUUGGAGUAAACCGAACUAAGAGAACAAUUUAUUCAAUGAUAUCAGCAUUACAGAGAAGAACAAUGGAAAGACCACAUCUCUGAUCAAUACAAUGAUAAACCAUGAGUCUAGAAGGCUGAAGGUGAAUCACACCACUCACCUUUUGGACGUGGCCAGUAUGGAAUUUUUUUUUUUUGGUGGCUGGACUUUUUUGGUGUUAUUUUGUGAAGGUUUUAAAAAAAAUAUUAAUUGUCCAAUGGAGGGGGUCCAUGAUAUGAGAGAAAAGUAAUAAAUGUUUGUAAACACA